CUUUAUGUUUGGAUUUGUACCAGUGGAAGGUUAUAAUGUAACUUUGACUUAGAUUUUCGUUUUUGGGUGCCUCGUGGAGAAUCAGGAAUUUCGGUGUCAUGAUAGGACAGCGUGCCCUUCUCCAAUGAAUUUGGUUUCAUUCUUGAUAGGGUAUUGACUUUCUCUGGAUUUUUCCCUGUGUGUUUGAGAGGGACAAUUUAUGACGUAGCAUUAUGGCCUUCUUGGGAAGAGAUAACCAUGAAGACCUUAAUUAUAAUCGGGACCAAUCCACAGGUCCCAGGCAAGUCAAUUCCACCUCCUUUCUGCUGAAUGCUACCCAGGAAUUAGACGGAGAACAUUCCCAUUCCUCCCCAGGGGUUUUGACACGUUCCCCCACGGCCCCAGAUAUGCCACGCCAGGAUCAUUCCCUCGACCACAUAGUGGAUUUAUUUGACGAUGUACAGAAGAUAUUUGAGAAAUAUCCCAAGUUUGAUGUCACAGAUUUAUCUGCGGGAUCAGAACUGUUGGCAUCAGAACAUGUGACAUCAAGGGAUGGAGAUCGUGUGAUUCCAGCUAAGGACGCUAUGGUGUACACUGAGGAUGAUUUCAGCAGCCAUAGAAGUAAUUCCUUCCCACAUAUCCAUCACCCUUUGAGGCCCCUGAGAAGCAAAUCUCACAAAAAUGUCCGACAUUCCGAGCACCAUAAAAAGAAAAAGAAGAAGAAGAGACGGAUGCACGUCAACAAGAGCUUCCCCUCCAAAUCUGCCGUACAGUCGCCCCCAAUUCCAGAGGACGACGAAGAUGAGUACUGUUCUUCGUACGAUUCAUCAAGUGAUUCCUCGAUCAGCCGCCGCAACAGCUCAGUCAGUCAGGACUUGGUGGACGCUCCUCUAGUCAUUAAGGAACAAAGUGACCUUGAACCCUCCUCAAGUGUUGACCUUGACAAGGCUUUGGGAGAUGUGCCCCCAGAACCUCCAACCCCCUCUCCUACCUCUACUCAGUUAGAGGCUCCUAGAACACCUGAAAGAAAACCUUCUGAUAGAAAGGUUGCUGAUUUUUUCAUUGGUGAGAAUGAAUCGUCCCCACCCCGGGAUUUAACACCCUCAGUGGAGAAGAAGCCAUUCCCCUCCUCCUUUAAUGAGGUGCUGAGUCAGAGUUCAUCUACCACCGAAGACCACUUCCAGCUGCUAGACUUCGGGAAUACUGAACAAGAACCACUUCUGUCUGAACAAGCCCAGCGUAAACCAGCGGGAAGUUCAAGGUCACUGCUGGAUGAGGGCAGAAGUCGAGUGCAUUUUUCCGUCGGUGGUGAAGACAGUGCAGCCAAUCUGUUGAGUUUAAAGGGAGAUACGGAAUCUGUGUCCUCGGACCAAUCACAGAACAAGAGAAGCAGGGCGUCAUUUCAUUCCACAGGCAGUGGAAAGUCAACCAAGUCGCAUCGACACAAACGCCACCAUGACCACUACAAGACAGAGGACUUGUUGUUACGGCGACAGAAGGGCAGCGAGGUCCACCUGGAUAUGGUGGUUAAGAGUGAGCCCACAGAGACGGACGAGGCUCAGAUGUUACACAAAGCCGACCUUGACGAGAUGGCCAGUCACAGAUUGGACAAACUUCAUGGAAUCCGGCGACAUCGACUGACAAAGAACCACAGUGCCAUGUCCUCUAUUGUCCACAUCGGUAAACACAAGAAAACCAAACACAAGAUGUUCCAACCAAAGAAAAAAUUUGACCACCGGCCUCAUGAAGUGUUUGUGGAGUUAGACGAGUUGUACGGAGAUGAAGAGAAGUACGAGUGGAGAGAGAAGGCUCGGUGGAUCAAGUUUGAGGAGGAUGUGGAGGAAGGGGCAGAGCGGUGGGGCAAACCCCACGUGGCGUCCCUGUCCUUCCACAGUCUGCUGGAGCUCAGGCGGGGCCUGGAAAACGGUACUAUGAUCCUUGACCUUGAGGCUGAGGACCUCCCCAGUAUUGUAACAUAUGUGGUGAACGACAUGGUUAUUCAUGACCACAUCAAGAGUGAGGACAAAGGCAAGGUCCUCAAAACGCUCCUCAUGAAGCAUAAACAUGUCGGAGACAAAUUGAACACUUUUAUUCGUCGCAACAUUUCCUACAUGAAUCUCAGCGGACUUGACAGCAGCAACAAAAGACAUCAGAAAGAAAAGUUGUCCUUGAGACGUUCCCUGACCUCUGCCAGUUUUCGUUCCUCUGCAUCGUUAGACAAAAUGGCAGACACUCCCACUGAAACACUGAUAAAGAAGGAAAAGGAAGCGGCAGAAAAAGCCAAAAACAACGAAGUGAAAAACCUAGAGUUUGUCAAAGUCAAUGUAGACAAUAACAUGCAUGCUGAUGGGGUACACAUCGGGAUCACAACUAACGAGAGUCGACAGAAGAACAUACAGGACAUCAUGAGGAGAAUUCCCAAGGACGCUGAGGCGCUGACGGUACUGGUGGGCUGCGUGGACUACCUCGCUAAGCCCGCCAUGGCGUUCGUCCGUUUAGCCGAGGGUCAGGUGCUGGAUAAUCUGACGGAAGUCCCACUUCCUGUCCGUUUCUUGUUCGUACUCCUGGGUCCAGAAAACGCCAUGGACUAUCAUGAAGUUGGUCGUUCCAUUUCUACACUUAUGGCCAAUCAGCAUUUUCAUGACAUUGCCUACAAAGCUAUUAGCAGGGAUGAGUUGCUUCAUGCUAUCAACGAAUUUUUGGAUGAGUCCAUUGUCCUUCCCCCCGGGGACUGGGAUCAGAAGACCCUCCUUCCAAUAAUGGACAUGGCCAGAAAGAAAGCGCGGGCCAUGAGGAGAAAGAAACACAAAGAGGAGGAGAAAAUAGCUCUGUUGAAGAAGGAGGAGGAAGAUAAAAUUCCUCUGGAUCCACUGAAGAGAACGGGGCGCCUGUUUGGGGGACUAGUCAACGACGUGAAGCGACGCUUUCCCCACUAUCUCAGCGAUUUUAAGGAUGCCCUCCACUUCCAAUGCGUUGCAUCUUUUAUUUUUAUUUUCUUUGCUUGUUUAUCACCAACAAUUGCCUUUGGAGGUCUUCUAGGUGAGAAAACCAAUAAGUACAUGGGAGUAACAGAGACCAUUAUAAGUACCUCACUCAGCGGUGUUCUGUUCGGCUUGUUCUCCGCUCAGCCAAUGAUGCUCCUUGGAGCCACAGGGCCUGUCUUAGUCUUCGAGGAAUCAUUAUACCAAUUUUGUACUAGCUAUGAGAUUGAGUUUCUCCCUAUGCGGUUUUGGAUAGGAUUGUGGGUCAUGUUAAUUACCUUUGUUGUGAUUGGACUAGAAGGCAGCUAUCUUGUCAAACACAUCACUCGCUUCACCGAAGAAAUCUUCACCAUCGUCAUCUCCCUCAUCUUCAUCUACGAAGUUGUCAAGAAAAUUAAGGCGACUUUUGCUGAUCACCCAUUGAUGGAAACAUACACAGUCUGCAAUAGUAGUACUCCUAACAUUUCCUCAUACAACAUUACCAUCGUGUCAAUCAACGAAACGUCCACCAAGUCCCCCAUCACUCUGUACGAGAACCUGUACAGUAAAGACCAGCACAGCUACCACACUCAAACGGAGCCCAAGCCAAACACCGCCCUACUCUCCCUCGUUCUCAUGCUGGGCACAUUCUUCAUCGCUUACUUCCUGAGAAUUUUCAGGAAUAGUAAAUUUUUAGGCAGAAGUGCCAGAAGAGCUCUUGGAGACUUUGGUGUAGUCAUUGCUUUGUUUCUAAUGGUGCUCCUUGAUGCUAUUACACCAACAGUUUAUACUCAGAAAUUGAUUAUCUCCGAUGACUUUGAACCAACAGAUGGUUCAAAGAGAGGUUGGUUUGUUCACCCCAUGGGGAUUAAGAAGCCAAUGAAAACCGACAUGAUCAUUGGAGCCAGUCUACCAGCCUUUCUUCUCUUUAUUUUGCUCUUCUUAGAAACCCAAAUAACUGAAAUGACUCUGAACAAAAAAGAGUUCAAAAUGAAGAAAGGCUCAGGAUAUCAUUUAGAUCAGGUGUUGCUGGGGGUGCUCUCUUUUAUCGGGGGACUGUUUGGGUUGCCGUGGAUGUGUGCCGCUACAGUCCGAACUCUGUGCCAUGUCUCAUCUCUCAGUGUAUAUAGUCGAUUCCAUGCUCCGGGUGAAAAACCACGUCUUGUCAAAGUUCGGGAACAACGGGUCACCAGUAUUGCUGUCAAUUUAUUAUUAGGUUUAUCCUUGUUGUGGGGUCCUUUGUUACGUCUUGUCCCUAUGGCUGUUCUAUUUGGCAUUUUCCUGUAUGUGGGCGUGUCCGCUUUAAGCAGUCUCCAGUUGUAUCGCAGAAUGAAGUUGUUAUUUAUACCCAAUAAACAUCACCCCUCCAUUGGUUACGUCAGGCGGGUGCGAACCAUUAAGAUGCAUCUGUUCACGGUGAUACAGGUGUUGAUGCUUGCUUUGAUGUUUGGUCUCAAGCUGUCCCCCGCUGCUAUAGCCUUCCCUCUGUUUAUUAUUCUCUUGAUUCCAGUUCGCCUAAAAGUAAUGAAUUAUUUCUUCUCGGAGCAAGAACUUGGUGAGCUUGACAAAGAAGAUGAAGACAGCGACUUUGAAGAUGAAGAUGACAGGGACUUUUACCAGCUGGCCCACAUGCCUAUUUAAAGUCUGUUACUACAAUACUCAGUGUGCGGUCUUCAUUGCUGGUCCCUAUUUGCAAAUCUUCAACUUUUUUGUACCACUAUUGUUCUUAGACAUUAGUUCAAAACAUUGUGAUAUUUUUUAUUGUGUAUGUUUCAAUCAGAUUUUAUUAAUUUGUCAAUUUAAUAUGGUAUAAAACAUUUCGGGUAGGAAAUAUUGAAGGGUAAUGUAAAAUGAAGAUCAAGUGUAUAUGCCAUUUGUACAAGUUUCAACCAGCCAAAUAUGUGUUUAUUUUGAUUUCUGUGUUUUUGUGAAAUCCAGUUUAAGAAAGCAUUUUUUUAUACAAAACAUUAAUAAUAUUUUUGACGAAAAUUGUUAUUUUGUUUGAGUGAUCUUUACGAUUGAUGAAUUUGUCUCCUAAAAAUGGUGUAAAGUUAAAGUCCCAUGGAGGAAAGGGAAAUACAACUUAAAAAAAAAAAAAGAAAUCUAGCCCUGGUGGUGGUCUCAAAAAAUUAACUUGUCAUAAAAAAAAAAGCAACAAAGGGUACACAGACAAAGUCAGGGUAAAACGUAGGUACAGUUGUACUUUAUUUUCAAGACCCAUACUGGUAUUUUGUAUUACGUCAUUUAAUACAAGUUUAAGUGUUUGAAAUCACUUUUUAUGAUCCUCAUGUAUAACAACUUCAUCAUUCUAUAAAUGAACAAAUUGCAUUUAAUAUCUUCUGUUUCAGGGUUCAUUGAACAAAUUUUUAAUUAUUUUUUUUUAAUCAGAUGCACAAAAAUAUUAACAGAAUUCAGCUUGGUGCAUGAUAGAUAAGAUACAGGUGCUACUGCAAAUUUAAGCAAUAAAGAUAUAAGUAGAAGUAGAAUUUAAAAUUAAUGCCUUACCUUUAUAUUUUUCCUAGGUUUUACUUGUAUAUUAUAAUGCUUAAACGACUGUUAUUUUUAUACAUUUUUAAGUAAAGGGUUAUAACUUGUACUAAAAGAGUAGCAAUGAAUUUUUAUUCCCAUUGAAAUCAGUAU